GCGGACCCAUUUCUGUAGUUUCGACAAGGAAAUUUCCAAUAUGAAAUUCGAACGCCUUCAAAAAGGAAAUCCCUAAAGUGAAAUUGAAAGUUUGCCGCUAGAACAGGAAGUUGCAGAGCUUCUCUCUCACUCUUCGACCAUUUUUUGCCGCCAUCGGAGCAACACAGCUUUUGUGCGAGACAUUCGAGCUCAUAAAUGCUAUUGGGAACUCGAUUCACCAAUGUAUGGCGAUGGUGGACAUCUCCAACGAUUUCUACUUCUCAUGCUUUCCACUUCAAUGCCCGCUUUUUAACCUCUUCUCAACUUGAGAUAUCAUCCAACAGUCUUCUUGUGGAUAACGUUUUGAGUACUACUGAAACUGAUGAUGUGUUUUUACCGUGGUUGGAAAGAAAAUCAAAUACGAGGAUUUCAUCAGUGCUUUCUAUUGGGAAAUCUGAGAUUGGCAGGUUUUUGUUCGCGUCUGAGACUAUACGGGCUGGAGAUUGCAUUUUGAAGGUUCCUUUCCAUGUGCAAAUCUCACCUGAUAUGCUUCCUUCGCCUAUUAGAGAUCUGUUAGGCGAUGAGAUUGGAAACGUUGCCAAGGUUGCUCUUGUGAUUCUACUUGAACAGAAAUUGGGUUCGGAUUCUAAAUGGGCUCCUUACAUUAUCCGACUUCCAAAACCAUGGGAAAUGCAUAACACAAUUUUUUGGAGCGAAAGAGAGUUGGAGAUGAUUCGUAAAAGCUCUUUGUACGAGGAAUCACUUAAUCAAAGAUCACAAAUUGAAAGGGAGUUUUUGGCAAUCAAGCAAGCUCUGGAAACCUUCCCUGAAAUUAUUGAUAGCAUCAAUUGCGAUGAUUUCAUGCAUGCUUAUGCUCUUGUUACUUCUAGAGCAUGGAGAAGCACAAAGGGUGACUCUCUGAUUCCAUUUGCAGAUUUUUUAAAUCAUGAUGGUGCAUCAAAAUCACUGGUAUUGAAUGAUGAUGACAAACAGCUCUCUGAGGUCAUUGCUGAUCGUGAUUAUGCCCCUGGAGAACAUGUGCUAAUAAGAUACGGAAAAUAUUCAAAUUCUACGUUGAUGUUGGACUUUGGGUUUGCACUUACCUACAACAUUCACGAUCAGGUCCUGGUCCAGGUUAAAACAGUUGAAGAUGAUCCUUUGGCGAGAAGAAAGUUGGAACUUUGGCAAAGAAGUUGCACCUCAACUACUAAAUACGUAAACGGCAUUUACUUCCCUGGGAAUUCUUUUACUAUCAGGGAAGUGAGAUCUGCCACUGGGAAAGGGAGAGGUCUUCCGCAAUCACUUCGUGCAUUUGCUCGUAUUUUAUCUUGCACUAGUCCUCAGGAGUUAAAUGACUUGUGUACUGAAGCUGCUAAUGGCGACGGUCGGCUGGCUCGAAUUCCAUUGAAGAACGUCAACAGAGAGGUUGAAGCACAUCAAAUCUUGCUCUCUCAAUUCAAACUACAUGUUGAAGAGUAUGAGGCAUCUAUUGAGGCACUGUGGCCUGUUGAUUCCCCAUGUUCGUGCAAAAAGAUGGCACAACGAAGGCUAAUGGCCCAACAUCUCCUGACUGGUGAGCUUCGCAUCCUUAAGUUUGCUACUGCUUGGCUGAACAAUUAUUGCGACACCAUUUAGAUCGAUUCACCACUAAAAGUAUAUUAUAAUGGAGGCAUUAUUUAUUAUUGGUACCUAAGAGCUUUAAUAUGUUGAGGUGUUCUUAGUUGAAACAGAGUAUUUUUAGGUGGAGCCCUUAUCACUUUCAACAUACCCAAAAGCUAUAGGAAAAAGAAAAGUGCUUAUAGAAAAAUAAAUGGUCAAAUAAUCNUUUUUUUUUUUUUUUU